GCCAUAUGUAUUAUGAGCUCCCUUGUCACUGAGUUUUUGCCUCAUCGCUAGUUGCUGCCUCUGAGCCUGACAGUCUAAUACGUCCUGAUUCAAUAAUGAAGCUCACCGAAUAUGGGGCCUACGUGUGGCUACCCAUCAUCACAGCGCUGGGGUGGUUCACGACAUUGGCUGGCUUGCUAUCACUUCGACUUUUCUCUGCAGCGGACAUUGGAAAACAUCGACCUGAUGAAGCAAGUGUUUUGUUUAUCUCGGAUGUUGGAGCAGCCCAUAUGAUAUGGUUCACUCCCGGAUGCACUUUAGUUGCCUUACUAUAUAUAGCGACUCUACUCGUCGAACGAUGGCUGAGACAUCGCGAGCGGAUACCACGAGUGAUCAGUAAAAGGCAUAGAUAUUGGGGGUAUUCCACGGCGGGUCAUGGAAUCUUAAGCGGGCUUUCCCUCAUGAUGCUAUCGUUCUUGAGUAAAUUCGAGCAUCCAACUGUUCAUUGGCGCUUUACCUUUAUGUUCGCCAUAUGCUUAAUGAUCAGCGCGUAUAGCCAAGUCAUUGAGGUCUUUUGCCUGAAGAAGGAAUACCCUGAGCAGGCUCAUUUGAGGCGCAACGCUAUGAUCAAGCUUUGGAUUGUGUCCAUCGCUACGGUCCUUGCUGUAGUUUUCGGAGUUUUGUUUCUUUCAUGUGGAGGUCUAGUAAGGUCCAGCCGCGAUAAUUUACUUCUAUCAGGAGCUGCUGUUUGUGAAUGGGCCGUUUCUUUCCUGCUAACAUUUUACUUUCUGACGUUUGUUCUGGACUUUUACCCAGCUGCCAAAACUUCUUCAAGAUUGGAGCCCAACAAAUGCCACUCCCAGGGUAAAACAGAUUCGAGGUCCGCACCAAAAAUGGUUACUCCAGGCGUCUUUGAUUUGAAAAUCGAUUUGGAGAAAUCGGAUCGACCUGAUCCAUUAGCUAUCGAUCCACCCCAUGCACAAGUGGCUGGCAGAUAGG